UAAACGGCCGGUGUGUCUGGCGUGCAGGUGAAGACCGUCCCGCCUCGCCUGACCCAGUAAGACACCAGCAGACAACCGUUGCGUGUGUCAGCCGUGUUUUGUGUAGUCACCCUGUACGGAAGAUUUCAACUUUUUAAAUCAAGUGGGAUUUUUUUUUUCAUUGGAUUAAUUUUUUACGUUGACAACAAGUUGAUAAGAGAUUUGGCGUCGGUUUAAUUUGUGUCUCGCGUGCAUGACGUCAGGGACCCAGGAUUAGCAGGCUGGCGCCAUGAGACCAGACCAGGAUCGAAUCUGUUCCAGCCGAUGAGACCGCAGCAUGAAGCGAGUUCAGGCGCUCGUCACAGGCAAGAAGAAACAAUGCACCAAGUUGCCCACCCCCGCCCAGAAGGGGGCCAAAACCCCACCCUCCCCGGGGCCGCCUGCUCCUGGAAUGUCAAAGACGAAUUCUAGCAGCGACCGUCGAGAGAACCCGCCAUCUUCUGCCGGUGCCAUUAGUCCAACGGCCAAGGCCGGUACCAAGAUUCCAGCCGCUCCCCCCAAGAAGCCGAGCAAGGAGGGCGGGGCAGUGUCACCCUCGGCCAAAGGCAAAACUCGACCUAGUCCAGACGACAAGUCCAGGUCGAAGGUCAAAACCGAGCCCAAAGUACCCAAGGCAGAGGGAAAGGUCGAGGUCGUUGAGGAAAAUGUCGUGGUGACCCAGCCGGGGCUGAAGGAAGUUUCCAGAGCGUGUGACGUCACACGGACGGAUGAAAAAACGGAAGUGGCUCAAGCACCUGCUAUGGAUGUUUCAAACAAGCCAGGACAGGGAGGGGCGGGGGAGCCGGUGCUAGCAGACGCCAAAACUGAGGGCAGGUCUGACCCCACUGGUCAGCCUGACCCACACACGUCUGCUCACCAUAACGGCGACAGCGAGCAGCGUCCAGCACCCCAGCCCAUCCACGGCAUCCUCAAAGACUCGCACGGCCGAGAGUCGGCCUACAGUAACAUGCAUGACCUCACUGUCCAACAGAGACCUGGUCUGAUGAAGGACCACUAUGGCAGGCUCUCCCAGCCUCCCUCCCGCAGUGGUUCCACUCGCGACAUCAUCUACCACCAGGGAUACGCUUCCUUACCCAGGGGCUCCACGCCCACCACCCCCACCCCAGAAAGCGCCUACUCGUACGGCUCCCUGCAGCGACGCUCCAACACCAGCACCCCCACCAACGGCUACUACAACGGUUCCACCUGGGGCUCGCUGUCCCGUAAAGCCGACUCGGACUCCGGCUUCCCCAACAGCAGCACCGACAGGAGCUACGGCAGCAUCAGCCCCUCCCCCACCCCCAACUACCCCACGGCCUCCCACAGCAACCAGACGUACGCCGUCAUCUUCCAGCCCCAGCGUCACGUGACCCAGGGCCACGCCUACAACCCCAGCCCGUCACGCUCUCUACAGUACUACAGUGACUCUGACGCCACUUACCAGCGCGGCGUCAGGGCCGGGAGCGUCCCCGUGGGGUACGAGUCCGAGAUGGCGGUGUACGGGGUCGUGGGUUCCCCCCACGGGACUGUCCGUAAACACGACUCAGACUUGAACGUUUCAGCCGGAGCCGGCAUGAGGGUCCACCCGGACGAUGAGCAGUACCGGUCCGGCCCAGGCAAACGCCCGACCCCCAGACGUCACACCGUGGGAGCCCCGGGCAACCAAGCGGCUAUGAGGGACGUGGAGACAGAGAGGAAGCGCGAGGCCUUCAUGCAACUCCUGGCCCAGAGGUACCCGCAGUACGCCGACAAGAUCAAGGGCGGCAACCAGUCCCCGUCACCUGAACACGUCAGCAAGCCUGCUAGGUCGAGGGAUUCACAGAGGCGUCGUCUGGUGAACUAUGACCCCAACCAGAGUGGACAUACCAUGGAGUAUGAGGAUCUUGGAACGAUGAGUGACCUUGAAUUACCAUCCUUCCAAAGAGGAGGGUUCAUGAGGACCAGUCUACCCAUAGUCAGGAGUGCUUCAACCUCCCUCGAGAGGCCCCUGGGUUUGGUGUUCCUUGUGUUUGGGGACCAGACCAAGAAGUCACUUCUGCCCAAUGAAAUCACCACACUGGACACUGUCCGAGCGCUGUUUGUCCGUGCCUUCCCUGACCUGACCCUUGAGAUGCUGGAGAGUCCCAGGAAGAAAAUCUACAUCCUCGACCCCGCCACCAACAUCUACUUUCAGCUGGAGGAUCUGGGGGAAAUCAAGGACAGGUCAGUGCUCAAGAUUCAUGAGACGGACAGUAAUGAACCCCAGAAGGUCAAGGAGAGACAGGAGGUCAGAGGUCGAACAGUUCAGAUGCCUGUUGCCAGAUCUCAGUCACGCAACACUUACCCUGACAUGCCAGUCAAUGAUUUCAUCAAGUCUCACUCCCUGCCCCCACAAACUGCCAACAACUACCACGAUUUGAUGCAGGAACAAAGGAACCAAUGGGAGAUAGAGAGAAGGUCAAGGUCAAGAACCCCUGAGGUUGCUGAUAGGCCAAGGUCACUGUCUGCUGGAGCACCUAAUAGGCAAAGAUAUUCACAUUCCCCUGACCGUAUGCCAACACCAGAGCGUGGACAGCUGAACCCCAUCCCAGAGAACAGACAGCUGUCCCAGGCCUAUCAGGACCCUGGCAACUACUACGAACCUGUGGGUGCUCCAGGCUACCGCUCCCCCUACCCUAAUGGGAUCUACGAGUCCCCGUACCACUCGCAGUCCCCCAUCCCCACCCAACAGACAUACGUGGCUCGUAGCACCCGUGCACCUCCCAUGGCCCACCCACAGCGUGCGGUAGCACCGGGCUCUGAUACAAGAGGCCACAACAGACACUCGCUGGCAUUCGCACCAAUUUCUGGUGCGGCGCCAGACGGUGGCUAUCAGCGCACCCAGAGCUAUAGGAUCCCUCCCCCAGAGAGAGGUGCCACAGACCUGGUUAGGUCACAGUCUGUCACCCCAGCUGAUGACACUACAAGGUGGAGCAGGAACCGUAUAGAGAAGAUGGAGCAGCAGCUGGCCACCUUGACCGCAUGGGUCCACUACCAGAAGUCAGAUGGUAGCAGAGCCCCGCCCAGUGCUGGUAGCAUCUCAGACAGUUCUGACACCUUCCCCGCAUCUUCUGCAAGUAAGCACAAAGGAGAAGCUCCUCCCAUUUCGACUACUCCAACUAAUCAUGUAGCACGAUUACAAGGUCUUUCGGAUAUUCCUGAUGGAUUUCAAGGCUCAUCAGGGGUCAGCUCAAGGGAGUCAACUCCUCUAAGUGCUCAAGCAGAAGUGACCGUCAAGCUCGGCCAGCUCAAAUCUGACCUCCAUGUACUUCGAAGACAGCAACAGCUGAACAUGGAGGCCAUGAGAGAAGAGUUCAUGGUCACACUUAGCAAGGUCAAGAAGGUGUUAUCAGCAGUACCUGAGGCAGAAAACCAGGUGAACUUUAACAAAAGAAAUGAAGUCACCGUGGCCAAAUAUUCUUAUAAAAAUGAUAAAGAGCAGGUCCACAAAGAGUUAAGAGAUUUAGAAGCCAGCGUGGAGGAACUGAGGGCUGACGUCUUGUCGCGACAGUGUCGUGUCAAUGCCUCUGAUGUCGAGGGUAUGGCACUGCUACUGAGCAACAUCACCAAAUCACUGGCAGACCUCAAAGCUCGAUUCCCAGAAAUUCAGUCACAGCUUAAAAGUAUUAUUGAUGCAGAGAUGAGAGUAGUUCUUGCUGAAGAAAAAUUUUUGAAAGAAGAGCCGUCAGAGAUAGAGCAGUGUUUGAAGAGAUGUAAGAAGCUGACUGGUACCCUCUACACUCUCAAGAGGCUAGCAUCUGUACAAGAUCACAGACCAUCCCAAGUGCCAAACAUGGCGCCUCUAGCCAGCGAGGAGGUGACGGAGCAGAAAAAUAUUUUACUUGAAAACAUCCGCUCACUUGUGCCUGAUCAUGAACAACGCUUGCAGCAAAUUGAGGCUGCAGAGGCCUCUCGAGAAAGGAAGAAAAAGAUCAGCACUCAACAAGAGGCCCUCAAGUUUGGCAAAACUCUAGAGAUGGCCACCAAAAACCUGCGUCCACCUUCAGUCACUGGUGAUAAAAUAUCUGACCAGGGUCCAGCUGAAGAGGAGAACAAGGAACAACAGCCAGACAACCACAACCUCGCUGCUCCAGCUAAACCAGCCCACACAGCCAAGUCUGUCCUGCCCCCAGCUUCAAGUGGGCUGACCACAGCUGUAUCCACAGCUCCUGCUUCUAAUGUGGCAUCUGUCAAACCCUCCUUCUCUGUCCUGUCAUCUGGUGUAAAACCCGCAGACAAACCUACAGCAACGGUCUCGGCCAUGACGUCAGGGGUGUCUGACUCAGUGACCACCACGGCCACCAGGUCCACUACUGAAACCACGCCGGUCCCCUCCAUCAUGAAAACAAUGACCCUGCCCCUGACCGACACCACCAGAGGCAUCUUGAUGAAGUCAGACACCAGGAAAUGUUCCGUUGGAGACAGCCCCAAGAAAACUGACCCCAGCAUCUACACGUACCAGGUGUGUGGGCCAGUGAACCCAGUCAUACCUGUCCCACCUGUGUUCAAACCAAACAACGCCAGCAACAAGCCAGCUGACGGGGAGGAGAAACUAACAGACAACUCUGAUGGGACAGCCAAGUCUGAGAACAAGAAAGCUUCAGUGUCCUUCUCAGAGUUAUCCCCCACCAUCAUCCCCAGCAUGGAUUCACCCGUCAAUGGCACGGGGGCCGCAGAUCUGGCCACACAGAAACAAGCUGCCAGAAACGCUUUCUUCAGCUCCAUGAACUCUCCCCCCACCUCCCCCAACAUGAACUCUCCCAGCAGGAACUCCGCCAGCCUUGACCCUGGCCCAGUGGUCAGCCCAACAGGACUGGUGGGGAAGGUGUCCUCUGGCCCAACCAUUAACCUGGUUCUGUCUGGCACCGCCAGCCCCAAGUCUCCCACUAGUCCUGGAACUUUCACCAUCUCACCUCCGCGAGAGAUCAUCUUCUCCCCAGCCAAAACAUCACCCUCUCCGCUGACCUCUCCAAGCCGAGGCAUCCCGCGCCUGGUUCCUGAAAACAAAUCUCUUUCGUUUGAUUCUUCAGACUCCAUCAGCUCACAGCAAGAGUUGGGGAAGAAGAAAGUCCCACCACCUCCCCCUCCCAGAAAAGGCAGCCGACCAACGUCCACCAGUGGCAUUAGUUCUAUCAGCUCAACCCAGGCCAGUGACAUGCCUCGAUUUGUUGGGGGAAUCUUGGGUCAGCACCGCCUCUCUGGGGGGCCCUUAUCAUCCACACCCAAGCCAGCAUCUCAGAAGCCGCUGUCCAGGUUUGAGAAAGACAUUGCCUCUGGGAUCUGUGCCAACAUGAACAGGCCGGACCUGCAGGGUCAGAACAACACAGCGCAGCAGAUGAUGAACCUAGCGAGCUGUACCAAACCAAGUGAUGAUAUCCCUCCCCCUCCCUGUGUCACCAUCCCCCUGGAGAGGGAGGAGCGGGGAAGCAGCAGCGAUAGCAACAGCAGCAGCUCCGGCACCUCCAUGGGCUCUCAGCAGAGCGUCAUCUCUGUGGUCAGGUCGUCCUCGGUCAACAUCAGGGCCAUCAGCAAGCCCAAACCUGACCCACCCAGGCGCCAGUCCAGCCUUCUGUCCAAGUUCACUGUAGGUCACGAUGCUCCAGACAGUCAUAAACUGAACAAUGGGAACCAGGAAUUGAAUGGGGUAGAUUUGUGAGAACCAUAGGAUUAAAGACUUAAUUAACAUGCUAAUCAAUUAACAUUCAUGCAAGAUUUUAAAUAUUGAUUUUAAGAUGUAUGUAUUUUUAUAAUACAGGGUGAAUGUUACUUUUGCCAUGCACGAAAAGGUCUGCAACCACUUAGAUAAUGCUGUCUAUAAUAGAUUAAGAAGUCUGCAUCCAACUCUAAUGUUUGGCUUUGAGUCGUGUUUGGAUGAUGUCCAUGGCUCUCUACAAACGAGGCAGCAUUAGUUGCAUUUAUUUUCUAUACGAAGGCUCUGUAGUUAAAUGCUGAGGUCACUAAUAUUACGGUUGUGAGAAUUCUGUGAAUAGGCCAAUUGUAAAUAUUAUACAAAAACCUGAUCAUAUUUAUUUCAAUGUUUGAAUUUAGUAAUUUUUGUACCAAGAAAAUUUGGAUCAUAACCCUGACAGAGAAAGCACAUUCUUAGAGAUAAUGCCUUAACAUGUGCCUGGUUGCUUGCACUCAAGUUAUCCGAGAAUUCAACUUAGUUUGUACAUGUCUGAUGAAUUGGUUUUUGAUGCAAUGAUUUCUUGAAUCAUUGUUUUUCAAUGCAAUGAUUUUUUGAAUCAUUGUUUUUUAAUGCAAUGAUUUCUUGAAUCAUUGUCUUUUGAUGCUAUGAUUUCUUGAAUCAUUGUAUUUUGAUGCAAUGAUUUCUUGAAUCAUUGUCUUUUGAUGCAAUGAUUUCUUGAAUAGUUUUCUAUUGCUGUGAAUUCUGAAAUAGAUUUUUGAAUCAUUGUUUUCUGAUGCAAUGGCUUCUGGAAUCAUUGUGUUCUGUGGGCUUCUGUGCCGUUAAGUAGAAUUUAGGUCAAGAUGUUAUCUCGUCAAGUCUUGUAGAAGAAACUUGUUACUUUCCAAGAUUUUCAGUAUUUGUUACACCAGCUAUGUUUUGCUUUAAGGAAAUAAAUUGUACUUAUUCUAUGUAA